ACAAAACUUAACCUACCGCCGAUUUGAACCCAUUUCCAGGUUCCACAAGACUCAAUUAUGAAACUGAAAUGAAGACGAUGCCAAAGGCUGCACAAUUUAAAGGGUGUUGUUCAAGUUGCAGACUGUUGGCUGCAACAAACCAAAACGCCAUCACCAACCAGAAGUGAAUAUGCGUGUAUAUUUUGCUUGUUUCGUAUGAGAAACAUAGCUAGACCGUUAAUAGUCUAUGAUGAGAAAGGAUAAUAUGAACCAAUUAUUAAAUAAGAAGUAACGCCAAAGCUACCUUUAUUACUAGUAGAUAGAAGAAUACUAUUACUACUCUGAUAACACUCACUAGAAAAUAAGAUAAGAAGAUAAGUGAACGUCAGAGUACAUUUUUUUGGAAGUGCUUAGCUAAUUUUCUAGCUAGCUAGCUAACGUUAGUAGCUAGUGUUAAUUUACAAGAAGGAUAUAUACUAUCACCACUCGCUUAUGACUUUUGGCUAAAGAAAACAGCAAGCUUCUAUUUCCUGGAUACAAAAAACAGUUCAGUGUUUCCGUUAUGCAGCUCCCCUUCUUGACUUCCAGGAGUGACAGUCCCAUCUGUGUUUGACAGGACGUCCUCCUCACCUGGACAGGCAACAGCGCAGUUUGGUUUCAGCAGUUCUUCUCGUCUCCUCCAAAGCUUUUAAAAUGUGGCUCGUGUUCCUUUCUGUCCCGCUGCUUCCUGCCUUCAUCAUGGUAUCCAGUCGGUAUCGUGUCAAAGUUGCCGCGCUGGGACACCGAGCUCUGGCCUGGGCGCUGAGGCUGGUGCGAGGGAGAGUGUGUGUAAGGAGCACCCAUGCCUUCGUGUUUUCCAAAUGCACCCAUGGCAAAGUUGACAGCGUCCUGGAGACCUUUGACCUUUACACCGACACACACCCCUCCCUCUGCAUCAGUCCACAGAUUGGUGAAGCAUUGGAUGAAGCGGUGAGGCGUGUCCGUCCCUCCCAGGUGUUGGAGCUGGGGAUGCACUGCGGCUACAGUUCUGUCCGCCUGCUGCGUCUGCUGCCCUCUGCUGGCAGACUGAUCACAGUGGAGCUGGACCCGCUCACAGCAGAGCUAGGGGAGGAAAUCAUACUGGUGGCUGGCUUCAAACACUCCCAGUUCCAGGUGUUGACAUCUAGCUCGGCCGAGGCCAUCUUAACUUUGCGUUCAGUUCUUGAGCUUAAUCAAGAAGCUAGUGAAGGGCUCGAUCUGGUACUGAUGGACCAUGACCCCCAGCAGUACCUUCCAGACCUGCUGGCUCUGGAGAGAGACGAGCUCCUCUGCCCCUCUGGCUGCUCCAUCCUUCUGAUCUACAGGAACCAAAGAGCCGGAGAUCUCAGAGAAAUCCUGAGUUAUAUCAGAGCGAGGCCCGACUGCUACUGCAUCAAGUCAAUGCUUCAGUUUACGACGGAGAUUAUCUACCAAAAGGAAAGCAUAAGGGUAGAUAGGGUUAGCAGAAUGUAAAGAUGUGGGUAUGUGCUUUCAGUUUGUGUGGACUAUCUCAACCAUUAGUGUUAAAUACUUAAUCAUCUCUUUUUAUUAUUUUCUACAAAUUGUCAAACUGUACUUAUUUUUUCGAGUGAAGAAACAAAAUACCAUUGUUUUAAGUUAGAUGUAUUUCAGUAUUGGUAUGUAAAACAGUUUUCAUGCUAUAAAUUACUUAAUAAUCUUAUAUAUCUAAUGGUAUUACUGGAAAUAAUUCACAGUAGAAAAGGAAAGAUGAUAUUAAUAUUUCUGCAGCCUUAUUGUAUGGUACCCAAAUGACAAACAUAACGAUUACAAUAACACACAGGUAAAGGAGAUACAAAAUACUAAUUCCAACUUCUACUACUACCACCAAUUACCAACUUUUGUUGGUAAUAUUAACAAAAUCACAAAGCUGCUUGCACAAUCACUUCUCCCCACAACAAAGGGAACAAAGAAAUGAGUAGAUGUCGAGCACAGGUCAACCACUUGAUGGCGCUCUCUGCUUUUUAAAAGAAUAGGAGCUCAGGCAUUAAACUGGGUUAUACAAAGCAAGCCUUUAAAGGGAGAUGCCACCCAUUUAAAGAAUGGCAUGUUAUUCCUGCAUGACACCUCAAUAAAUACCUUUUUUUUUGUUAUUGCUGCAAACAGGCCAUUUAACCUUUGAAUUUGUGAUGUAAACACACCUUAUGUUUCCUGAUUUAUUCAUGACAAAAGAUGAUGAUCCACAGGAACAGACUUGUUUUGACGCCCACUCCCUCUCAUGCAUGUUGUAAUAUUUACU